ACACCAACAUAAAACAGGAAGGGGUGGUAGCCAUUUUCAAGUUUCAACUCUCGUCCCUCUUUCCCAUACCAGCAGCCCAUUGUACGGCCUGGUUUUUAUUCAGUUUUCGUGAAUAAAGUGCUAGAAAGGCACAAUUAUGUCGCAAUCGACAGCCAGACCUUUGGUCAGUGUUUUCACUGACAAAAAUGAACGAAGCAAAGAUACAAUUUCCUUGCCAGCCAUCUUCAAGGCACCAAUUCGUCCAGAUGUUGUAAAUUUCAUCCAUCAACAAGUGUCAAAGAACAAGAGACAACCAUACGCCGUCUCAAAAGAAGCUGGUCAUCAGACUUCAGCUGAAUCAUGGGGUACUGGUCGUGCUGUAGCUCGUAUUCCCCGUGUACGUGGUGGUGGUACUCACCGUUCCGGUCAGGGUGCAUACGGUAACAUGUGUCGUGGUGGACGUAUGUUUGCUCCAACAAAAACAUACAGACGUUGGCAUAGAAAAGUUAACGUUAACCAAAAACGUUAUGCUAUUGUAUCAGCAGUUGCUGCAUCAGGUGUACCAGCACUUGUUAUGUCAAAAGGACAUUUGAUCCAAGAUACUCCUGAAUUUCCAUUAGUCGUUGAAGAUAAAAUUCAAGAAUACACAAAGACAAAGGAAGCCACCAUCUUCUUGCGUCGUAUCAAGGCCUGGGAUGAUGUCUUAAAGGUUCGCAAAUCAGAACGUCAACGUGCUGGUAAAGGUAAAAUGCGUAAUCGUCGUAAGAUCCAACGUCGUGGUCCAUUGAUUGUCUACAGUCAAGAUAAGGGUAUCAAAAAAGCCUUCAGAAAUAUUCCAGGUGUUGAUUUAAUGAAUGUCAACAAAAUGAAUAUAUUGAAACUUGCACCAGGUGGUCAUGUUGGUCGUUUUAUUAUCUGGACAAAGAGUGCAUUUGACAAACUUGAUGCUCUUUAUGGUACAUGGCGUAAAGAAUCAAAAUUGAAGAAGGGAUACAAUCUUCCAUACCCAAAAAUGGCAAACACUGAUCUUGCUAGACUUCUUAAGUCUGAAGAAAUCCGCAAGGUUCUUCGUGCACCAAGAAAGAAGGUUGUUCGUGCUGUUAAAAAAUUGAACCCAUUGAACAACACAAGAGCUAUGCUCAAGUUGAAUCCAUACGCAGCUGUUACCAAGAGAGCAGCAAUUCUUACUGCACAAAAACGUCAACAAUCACGUGAACUUGCACUUGCUAAAAAACGUGGUAUUACAUUACCAGCAAGUUCAGCAGCAGUGAAGUCAUUAAAAACACGUGAAAGACGUGUCAAGUCAUUGAUUGCCUUGAAAGCAUCAAGACCAAAGGUUGCUAAAAAAGUAUCAACUAAAAAAACAACUGCACCAGCCAAAACAGCUGAACCAGUUAAAAAAACAGCUGCAGCAAAACCAGCAACAAAAACAACAACAAAAGUAGCUGCCAAGAAGUAAAUUAUAUAUUAGAAAUUUGUGAACAUUUUUAAUAUUAUAAUAAUAAAUACAAUGAAAAUUAA